UUAUCUAUUUUUUCUCGAAACUCUUGUCCGAAAAAUUCUCCACCCUUCACCCAAAAUAUUCACCUUAGAAAAAACAAAAGGAAGAAAAAAAAAACCAUAAUAAUAAAUAUAAAGACAUACAAAAGACCAGAAAAAAACGCCAUUUCUUACAAUGGCGGGGUUGUUAUCAUCAAAUAACAAUAAUAAGAAGAUGAGGAUCAACAAAUUGUACGUUGUUUUGAUUACCUUCCUGAUCAUCUCUUUCGUGUUGGUAGUAGUCGAAUCGAAGGGGCAUCCUCGUCCUCCUCCGACUCUGACAUUGGACUACUACAACAAAACAUGCCCUCAUUUUAACGACAUAAUCAGCCGCAUUGUGACAGCCAAACAGGCUGAGACACCAACAACGGCGGCUGCGGUGGUUCGAGUAUUCUUCCAUGAUUGCAUGGUGGAUGGUUGUGAUGGUUCGACCCUCGUUGCAUCGAACCAUCUUCAUGGCACCGCUGAAAGAGAUGCUGAUGUCAAUCUUUCUCUUCCUGGUGACGCAUUUGAUCUCGUCACUCGUGUUAAGACGGCCAUGGAGUUGGAGUGCCCUGGUGUUGUUUCUUGUACGGAUAUUUUGGCUACUUCGACUAGGAACCUUAUUAUGAUGACUGGUGGUCCUUUCUAUGAGGUUCCCCUUGGACGUAAGGAUGGCCUUGUUUCCCAGGCAUCAAGGGUGCUUGGCAAUUUGGCCCUUCCAAACAUGACCAUGACUCAUAUCAUAGACAUGUUCAAGAUCAAAGGGUUCACAGUACAAGAGAUGGUGGCUCUAAUAGGUGCUCACACAAUUGGGUUCUCUCACUGCACCGAGUUCAGCAACCGGCUCUUCCAUUACAGCAGAACCCAACCCGUUGACCCGAAGUUGAACCCAAAAUAUGCUGAUGGGCUCAAGAAGUUGUGUGCCAACUACACCACAGACCCAACCAUGGCAGCCUUCAACGACGUUAUGACCCCUGGAAAGUUUGACAACAUGUACUACAAGAACCUCCAGCGCGGGCUAGGACUCCUUGCCUCGGAUCAAGCCAUGGCUGAUGACCCGCGAACCAGGCCUACAGUAGACCUCUAUGCAGCUAAUGAAACAGCUUUCUUUAACGACUUUGCUAAGGCGAUGUUAAAGGCGAGUAUUUACAAGAUUAGAACUGACAAGGAUGGAGAGGUAAGACACAGGUGUGAUGCCUUCAACGAAUAAACAGCAACUUCAAUAUGAGAUUUCAGAAGGAAUUCUAAUUAGGAUGAAAAGUUCCAAAACACAAAAAAGUCUUUUUAUUUUCCUAGAAAUGAAAUGAAUGUUGAACCUAAAAGAAAAUUUACACAAGUUUUAAGCAAUGGUGAUUUAGUGUUAAGGGUAUUCGAUUUCGUUCUGUUCUUUUUUUUGUUUUUCUUGUUUAUAUGGUUUGAUUUAAUUUCUUGUAAUGUAACAUUGUAAGUUGUAACCCAAAAGAAUUUUCAUUACUCA